UAUCUUAAUAUUUAAAAUCGCGCAUGCGUUAACCUAAGGUACCGCUCGAUUGCACCUACGUCAUUUCGGAUGAACGUUCGCAAGUUUUAAUUUUCUGCAGAUGUUACAGCAUCGAGCCCACGACGCUCACAGUUCGUAGGUGGGUCGGUGUGGUCGUUUAAGAUUUCGCUCACACGCUUGCAAGGUGGCUCACUAGAAAAUUCCUAGGCAUCGAUUGAGUGGUGUAUCCGAUUGAAAAUGUGCGCAUCUGGGACGUUCCCGUAAAUAUUGCGGUCGUGGUCGUAGUCGUUGCGUGCGAUAAGUGGAACGUACCUAAAUUACACGUGUUUUGCAUAUAACCUCGCUCAGCGUGCGUGAAUUUUGAAGAAGAAAGUUGAAGAAAAUGGGUCAGAAAAAAAUCUUGAAGAGGAAACAUGAUAAUUUAAGAUUAGAAGAAAAUAAAAAUGAAAUUAAAAAAGAUACACAUGUUCCAGAUAAUGCAAAGGAAUCUGGCCUGGAAGAUUUAUUAGCAGCUCAAAUAAAUGAUGAAGAUGCUACAGAUGAAGAGGUAGAAGAAGAUACAGUUGCAUUUAAUUCAGAUGAAGAAGUAGAGAAAGAUGAGGUUAUAUUUAGUUCUGAUGAAGAUAAUGAUUCUGGAGAUAUUGAAUCAGAGAACUAUGAUGAAGAAAUGUCAGAAGAAAAUUUGUCAACUGAAUCAGAAGUUGAUGAAUUAAGGAAUAAGAAUAAAAAUAAAGAAUCUCUAAUAUCUAGUGGUAACACAUCAGCAAAAAGAGAAAUUAUCUCAGUGAGAAACAAAUUAAAUACUUAUAAAGGUCAUAAGAAGUUAGAUGAAGCACAGGUACAUAAAGAUGAUAUGUGUAAUAAACAAGAAAUGGACAUAUCUAAUAAUGCAAAGGAUAAAAAUGAAUAUGAACAUGACAGUUCUGAUGAAGAAGAUAUUCGUAACACAGUUGGAAAUAUACCAAUGAAUUGGUAUAAUGAAUAUAAUCAUAUUGGAUAUGACUGGGAAGGUAAGAAAAUUCUUAAACCUGAAAGAGGAGAUGAGUUGGAUAAUUUUCUGAAAAGAAUGGAGAAUCCUGACUUUUGGAGAACUAUAAAAGAUCUUCAGACUGGUCAGGAUGUUGUAUUAAGUGAAGCAGAUAUAGAUUUAAUUGUAAGGAUUCAAAAACAGAAAAUACCUAAUGUUCAAUUUGAUGAAUAUGCGCCAUGGGUGGAUUGGUUUACUUCUGAAGUAAUGAAAACACCACUUCGUAAAUUCCCAGAGCAUAAACGUUCUUUCUUACCAUCUAAGAAUGAAGCUAGAAAAGUAUCCAAAUUGGUACAUGCUCUCAAAAUGGGUUGGAUGAAAUCCACUGCUGAAAUGCAAAAAGAAAGAGAAAAGAAUCAAGGACCACAGUUUUAUAUGUUGUGGCAAUCUGACGACCAGGCAGAAGAAAUGCGUAGAAUACAUAAACAUAUCCCAGCACCUAAAAGACAUUUACCUGGACAUGCAGAGAGUUAUAAUCCUCCACCAGAAUAUUUGUUCGAUAACAAAGAACUUAAAGAAUGGAAUAAAUUAAAGGCAACUCCAUGGAAAAGGAAAUUACAUUUUAUACCACAAAAAUACAGUUCUCUUCGAGAAGUGCCAGCGUAUCCAAGAUAUAUUAAAGAAAGAUUUCAGAGGUGUUUAGAUCUGUACCUAUGCUCUAGAUCAUUAAAAAUGAGACUGACAAUAGAACCUGAAGUUUUGGUUCCACAAUUACCCAGUCCAAAAGACUUGCAACCAUUUCCAACAACAAUGUUUAUGGUAUUUAAAGGGCAUACUGACAUGGUCAGAAGUAUUACUGUAGAACCAGAGGGUCAGUUUAUCGCAUCAGGUGGAGAUGAUAUGUUCUUGAAAAUAUGGGAAGUCAACACAGGUAGGUGCUUGAAAACAGUGCCUUGCGGUGGUGUCAUUCGAAGUGUUGCCUGGCGUCCGAACCAGGCUAUGUCAUUGAUAGCCGUGGCAGCUGAUAAAAAGGUGCUCUUAAUAAAUCCUGGAGUUGGAGAUAAUGUUAUUACCAACAAAACUGAUGAACUUUUAGAGAUAAUACCACAGAGUGAAGUAAUAGUUAGCGAUAGGGUACAAAGCGCAGUACAAUGGGAGCAAGCAGAAAGUGAAUAUUGGCAAAAUGGAAUUAGAAUAAUUUUAAAUCACUUUAAAACUGUAAAACAAGUAACAUGGCAUGGAAAAGGAGACUACUUUGCUACAGUAAUGCCAGAUGGUCAGAAUAGAUCAGUUUUAAUAAAUCAAUUAUCAAAACGAAGGUCUCAAUUACCUUUCAAUAAGUCAAAAGGAUUAAUACAAUGUGUGUUAUUUCAUCCGAUUAAACCAUACUUAUUUGUUGCAACACAAAGAAAUGUGAGAAUAUACGAUCUUGUGCAACAGAUAAUGAUUAAAAAAUUAUUAUCCAAUUCACAAUGGAUAUCAACGAUGGAUAUUCAUCCAGGUAAGCUACAUUGUACAUUUCAUUAUAGAUUAUAUAUUCAUAUUCGUAAUUGUGCUAUGAAUUUUUUAGGAGGCGAUAAUGUUUUAGUAGGAACAUAUGAUCGCAAGAUGCUCUGGUUCGAUUUAGACUUUAGUAAAGAGCCUUAUCAGACAUUGAGAUUACAUGGAACUGGCGUACGUGCCGUAGCAUUCCACAAACGAUAUCCUCUGUUUGCUUCUGGAGCUGAUGAUAGAGCAUUAAUUAUAUCUCAUGGAAUGGUGUACAAUGAUCUUUUACAAAAUCCGUUAAUUGUGCCACUGAAAAGAUUGUGUAAUCAUGAAGCAUACAAUGAUUUUGGUAUUUUGGAUGUCAUCUUCCACUCUAUUGAACCAUGGGUAUUCUCUGCUGGUGCAGAUUUUACAAUACGAAUGUAUACAUAAAUAAAUAUAUUUAGAUAUUCAGAAUAUCUUUUAAUAGGGCACAUUUCUGUUCAAAGAAAUGUAGUUCUUAUAAUUUUCUUCAAUUUUAUGUAAAAUAUAUAAAAUAAACAUCUAUUUUUUUGUUUUUACUUUGCACAAAUACCUUGCAAUAUAAAUAUGAUAUAAAUUAUAAUUGUACAUAACAGAAUGUAGGAACUCGUACACUUGCAAUAAAGUAUUGGUUAAAUA